GACAGACGUCUAAUUUACAGCUGCGGUGGAUUGACUUUUAAGUGCGUUAUCAUGGAAUGCUCGUUGUUGGGCGCAUGGGAGUGGGUCCCUCACAAGUCAAGAGUCUUUCUCAAGUCUUUCUGGAUCGAUUCACCACCUACCAGAGAUACAGAGAAGUCUUUCUUGGAUUUGGGUUUUUCUUUCUUCCUUUAUUAAUUCAUUCUUUUAAGAAUUGGAUUUUUUCAGAGCUGAAAUAGCAGAUGAAUUUCUGCAAUAGAUGGCGGUUCUUCGUUAAAAGGCGUUUGAAGUGAGUUAUCUGAAAUUGGGUCUCAAAAUAAGAAGGGAUAUCGGGGUUUUAAGUCUUUUGGAGCUAUGAAGUGUUUCCAUUUUUCCAAUGGAGAGAAGAAGGAGGAGCCAACAGCUGCAAAGUCCAAAUCCGCUCAGUCUUACAGCACUGAAAUGUCCGAUCAUGAUGUGAGGAGAUCUGGGUCAGAGUCCAGCUCCCAGAAUGUUUCAGACAUGAGUACUGAAUCUUUGGGGAGGAUUCCAUUCCAAAGUUUAUCUCAGAGGCCAAACAAUCUCAGGGUGUUCACUUUUUCGGAAUUAAAGGUUGCUACAAGGAAUUUCAGCCGCUCACUUUUGAUUGGGGAAGGUGGGUUUGGGUGUGUUUAUAGGGGCACAGUCAGGAGUUCUGAGAAUCCCCAUGGCAGGCUUGAUGUUGCUGUUAAAAAGUUGAACAGAAAAGGACUACAGGGGCACAAAGAAUGGGUGACAGAAGUAAAUGUUCUUGGAGUAGUUGAGCAUCCAAACCUUGUCAAACUAGUGGGGUAUUGUGCUGAAGAUGAUGAAAGAGGAAUCCAACGACUUCUGAUUUAUGAAUUUAUGCCCAACAAAAGUGUAGAGGACCAUUUAUCAACUCGAUUCCCCACAAGUCUUUCAUGGGCCAUGAGACUAAAAAUUGCCCUGGAUGCUGCCCGUGGCUUAACAUAUCUCCAUGAAGGAAUGGAUUUUCAGAUCAUCUUCCGGGAUUUGAAAAGUUCAAACAUUCUCCUAGAUGAACGCUGGAAUGCAAAGUUGUCAGACUUUGGGUUGGCUAGACAGGGACCAGCUGAAGGACUAACUCACGUCUCUACUGCGGCUGUAGGAACGAUCGGGUAUGCAGCUCCUGAAUAUGUUCAAACUGGACGGCUUACGGCCAAAUGCGAUGUGUGGAGCUAUGGGGUUUUCCUUUACGAACUGAUCACAGGCAGGCGGCCUUUGGACCGUAACCGCCCAAAAAAUGAACAAAAGCUCUUAGAGUGGGUCAAACCAUACAUAUUGGACACAAAGAAAUUUCCUAUGAUUUUGGACCCAAGGCUCCAAGGUCAGUACUCCUUGAAGUCUGCCUUGAAGCUCUCUAUGGUUGCAAACAAAUGCUUUGUGCGGCAUGCUAAGUCCCGCCCCAAGAUGAGCGAAGUGUUGGAGAUGGUGAAGCAGAUCGUGGAGGGGUUGGAGAUGGGGAACCCUCAACAUCACCCCCCUAUCAAGAAUUCUGCUUCAAAAGAUUCUUCUCUGGAUGAAUCCAAAACCAGAGGGGUCAAGUUGAACAGUGGGGUUGCUGAUUGGAGAAAGGGAGAGAGCGGGCCGUCUGUCUGGCGAGCAUGGACCCCGAAGGUUGUAAGGACGUGCUGAUAGGAAUGAGAUGGGUAGGUAUGAACAGCUUUCUUUCCAAGGAAUUAUAGACUACUGAUGCAUUAAAAUGUGUAGCUUUCUGAUGCACCAGCCUGUGCGAAAAGCUGGGUCUAUGAUCUCAUGAUCCAGACCAUUGAUCUGAUGGGCUGAACAGUGGACGGGAGAUGCUCCAGAAAUAAAGCCAGAGAAUUGAUGUUUAGGAUCUUCAAAUCUCGUAUACUUUCAACGCAUCCCUCAUUAACAGGAGGGCCUAUCAGAUGACAGUCUGGAUUCCUAAACCAUGGCACCACUUGUAGGGGCUGCACGUCAAGAUACUACAUAUAUGGAUGCGUUAAGGACUCAAUAAGUACUCUCUUUUACGGCUUGGCAGAGAAGUUAUGGUAUAUGGACACAUUGUAAUUAUACAAAAUGAUUUGUUAUACCAUCUAUGUAUUUUGAGCA